CCCACCAAACCAUCACCAAUGGCUUUUUAUGUGGGUGUAGCUAACCAACUGCAAUCCUUUAUAUUUCUUCUGCAAGUAAAAAGAAAUGCAUCUUGUACCUCUGAUCUCGCUUUCAUGUCUUCUCCUAUAAAUAUUCAUCCUUUUAAUAGCUCAAGAAGAACAGCCCUUCAAUAUACAGAGGCUGACAGGCACAUCUGAUUGGUUUUCCUCUCAUUAUAUCUCUCUAUUGACAGAGGCCCUCCCUUCUUUUCAAAGAUUCCUCUCUAGUAUUUGCCUGGCUGCUUGGCAUUUCUUCUCCUCAUAUAGCAUUGAAAAACACCAGGGAAUGCUGAAAAAUGUGCUUGAACUCUGGUAAUUCUUUCUACGGAGUCCGUAAAAUUCAAUUCCAAUUUCAGCUGCCAGUAUCCACCCUUGAUGAGGUUGGAGAUUCAGCAUAUGACAGAUUUGCAGUUGAGUUCCUAAUGGACAAGGGAAUCACAACUAGAAUUCCUGCUGUGCUAAAUCACAAUCUUGGUGAAGACGGCUAAGUUCUCGAGUUCUAAAGACCUUUUCCCUAUAAAUUAUAGGCUUCUAGCUAGAGGACAUAUUUUACUAAAGUCUAUAAGGAUUUUACGUUUACAAUGGAGCAUAAAGGGAAUGUAUUGAUGGAGAGGUAUGACUUUGGGCGAUUGUUAGGCCAAGGAAACUUUGCUAAGGUUUACUAUGCGAGGAAUCUUAAAACUGGCCAGAGUGUGGCUAUUAAGGUCAUUGAAAAGGAAAAGAUAUUGAAGGUGGGGCUGAUUGAUCAGAUCAAGAGAGAGAUAUCUGUUAUGAAACUGGUUAAACAUCCAAAUGUCUUACAGCUUUAUGAGGUCAUGGCCUCCAAAACCAAGAUUUACUUUGUCAUAGAAUAUGCUAAAGGUGGUGAGCUCUUCAAGAAGGUGGCAAAAGGAAAGCUCAAAGAAGAUGUUGCAAGGAACUAUUUUCUACAGUUAGUCAGUGCAGUUGAUUUUUGUCACAGCAGAGGUGUCUAUCACCGGGAUUUGAAACCAGAAAACUUACUACUGGAUGAAAAUGGAAUUUUGAAAGUAUCAGAUUUUGGAUUGAGCGCACUUGUUGAGUCAAAUAGUCAAGAUUGUUUGCUCCACACAACUUGUGGAACUCCUGCAUAUGUAGCUCCUGAAGUUAUUAGCAGAAAAGGCUAUAAUGGAGCUAAAGCUGACAUUUGGUCUUCUGGUGUAAUCUUAUACGUUUUGCUGGCCGGUUUUCUCCCAUUCCAUGAUGCAAAUUUGAUUUUUUUGUAUAGGAAAAUAACCAAGGCAGAAUAUAAAUGCCCUGACUGGUUUUGCCCUGAAGUGCGCAAGCUGGUAUCGAAAAUGCUCGACCCUAAUCCAAACACUAGAAUUUCCAUUGCCAAAAUAAUGGAAACUCCCUGGUUUAGAAAAGGGUUCAAUCCAAAAGCUGUUAAAACUAAAACUGAUGUUAAGAAAUCGGAUCCUUUGGUGGCCAAUACAACUUUGGGUCCUUAUGAGAAUGCUUUCACUUUUGCUGAAGAUAAGAAAGAGUUGGGCAGACCUGCCAGUUUGAAUGCUUUUGAUAUCAUCUCUCUUUCAAAUGGGCUUGACUUGUCUGGUUUUUUUGCCAAAAGUGACCAGGAGAAAGAAACAAAAUUCACAUCGAUGCACUCUGCCUCAACAAUCAUAUCUAAACUAGAAGACACCGCUAAGCAUCUGCAUUUGGAUGUAAAGAAAAAGGAUGGAGGGCUGUUGAAAUUGGAGGGGUCUGAACAAGGCAGAAAAGGGGCAUUGUCCAUUGAUGCAGAAAUAUUUGAGUUUACUCCAUCUUUUCAUUUGGUAGAGGUGAAAAAAUCUGCUGGUGAUACAUUAGAAUACACGCAGAUAUUGGAACAAGGUUUAAGGCCAGCUCUCAAGGACAUUGUCUGGGUAUGGCAAGGGGAACAACAGCAACAAAAACAACAAGAACAACAACAGGCGCAUUCUUCCUAGUUGGUUUGCUUUGUAAGCUGUUCUAUUGUUUUCUAUGAAAUGUGUGAGUUCAUUUCAUUAAUACAUACAAAACUGCUCAUCUUUUGUAAGAGACAUCUGAUUGUGUGCUGUAGCCAACCAUAUUCAUCAGACUUCAAUAUUUUAUUUGUUCUUUUUUAUCAAA